GUCCCAGUGGUAAUCGGAGCCCUCCCAGUCUCUGAAGAGCGCAGUCCCAGGAACAGCCAAGAUGCUGCGCAGGACCCUCAAGGCCUCUGGUAGAGGACCCGGGCUGGAAAGAUGGACCGCCCGCAGGGGCGAGAGGGGAACGUCUAUAAUGUUACACAGACUGCCGAUGACAAAGGUCCUGUUGAACCCGCUCUGAGCGCUGAUUACUCGUUUAAAAGCAAAGCACUUGUAACCGUGCUACAGAACAAGGCCAGGUUAGCAGGACCAGCAGUGAUGUGUGGGUGUGCCAACCCAACGUCUCCAAAUUCUGGAGAAGUUACGCCCACAUGUGAGCUUCACUGCUGUGCCCGACUUUCCUUCGUCUCAGUUCACGCAGCACAGCCGUCGUCUUAUUCCAAAGGUGAGUGACAUUCAGCCCACUUUACCGUCAGCUUUGUUCAUGCGCCGCUUUCAUUUGUUUGUGGCAGCGUGGAUUUACGCUCGAGACAGACGCAGAAAGCCGCCAGCUCAGUUCUCGGAACUGUCCGGUUUCUGCGGGGAACCUCAUUUUAACGGGAGCCAAAGAAGUAAACGCUUUACAACAUGUACGACUGUCUUAAAUGUUGACUGAUAAAGUUUGGCUUUGAAAUGUAGCCUGUUUGUUUCCCUGCUGGAGCGCAGGGUGGCGCAUGUCUGAGUCUGUCUGUCUGCAGAUGUCUCUGAGUGAGAAAAGCGACGAGGAGCUCGGCAGCUUGCUCUCUCAGUAUGGCAUCAAACACGGACCCAUCGUGGGCUCCACUCGGCAUCUGUAUGAGAGGAAGCUUGAAAAGGCGAUGGAGCAGGCUUCAGUGAAGACGUCCUCUGAUAAGACCUACUACAGAGAGGAAGAGGAGGAAGUUACCUACAUCACAUACCAGAGUGCAGCUACACGUAAGCGCUCUGCUAACACGGUGAAGCGAAGCACUGAGCAACAUGAGGUCGAGGGACCAGACGCUGACACAGAGGCUGCUGUGCAGGUCACCUACAGCUCCACCAAUCACACGUCUGUACGAUCAGGGGAGCCCACUGGAGACAAGUCCACAGGAAGCCUGUGGAAGAUGAUUCUGGUGCUGCUGCCUUUAGCUGUGUUAUCAGCUGUGUGCUACUACGCCUACGCCUACAUCGUGUGAUGAACAGUGGAAGGAUUGUUCCAUCGAUGUCACAUCGAGACUCUAUUUUUGUGCUUCACCACUUUUUACUUGGACUCUGCUACAGUAGCUUCACAUUCUGCUGUCCAACUUUAAAGCCAAAGCUUCUAGUGACCAGCCAGUUUUGAUUUUUUACAACUGUAAUACUGUCGAUUAUGUUAUUGUUAAUACAGGAAAAAAGUGGGACUGUCAGGUAAUAUCUGUGCUGACCUUGCAGUUGCAGUUAUUAUUCCUCUGCUAGAAUCAUUUUACUGUUGAAAAUAAUACUUAUUUAUCUGUUACUGGCCUUUGGUGCAGCUCCCCAGCUCAUCUUCUGUCUGAAACAUCUGUUUUAGCUCCUCUAACAUUAAAGCCAUCCAUGUAUCCUUUUUCUUAUCUAAUUCAGGGUCAAAUGUAAUUGUUGAAUGACAGUUUUAAGCAGUGUCCUUUUUUAUUAUUUUUUAUUUACCCGAGUUUUGAGAUGUACUUAAUCAUGUAGCACCAGAGAAAGAAAACCAAAGAAGAUUCAAAACACUGGACUCACACUGACUCGUUGUGUCCACAGUGACAGUAGACAAGUUGAUUACAGCACUGUGUAACAAGUUUACACCUGCCUCUGUCCAGUUUAUCCAAACCUGCUACAUAGGAUUUAAAAUGUUACUUUAAAUCUAAAAUGCUGUCUUCCUGCUGUUCUGUAAAGUGUUACACUGACGCACACUGUUCAGGAGUAACAGUGUGCGUCAGUGUAACAGUGUGUAAUAAUAAUAAUAAUAAUAAUACAGUUUCUUAGUCACUGUAAAGCAGAAAGAAUUAUACUCUUAAUAAAAUGUCACUGACAAGAAAUGUAACGAAGCAAGUUAU